AUGUCCUUCACGCACCGCGACUAUACGGUCGCAUGGAUCUGCGCCCUACCGUUGGAACUAGCAGCAGCAAAGGCCAUGCUGGACGACGUUCACCCUCCGCUUCCCCAGCCAGAAUCCGACCACAAUGUCUACACACUUGGGAGAGUUGGCAACCACAAUGUAGUAGUGGCCUGUCUGCCUGGCGGUGUCUAUGGAACGAUAUCCGCUACAGGUGUAGUGUCACAUAUGGUCUCUACCUUUCCAACUCUCCGGACCGGGUUCGGAUUGAUGGUGGGUAUUGGGGGCGGAGUCCCGAGCCCAAGAAAUGAUAUUCGCCUUGGCGAUGUUGUGGUCAGCAGGCCAACUACCACUUCAAGUGGCGUUAUCCAAUUUGACUACGGCAAGACACUGCGCGGCGGACGAUUCCAGCACACCGGGACGCUUAAUAAACCUCCUUUAGUAUUGUUGAAGGCCGUGUCUCAGUUAGAGAGUGGUUAUAUGACGGGGAAAAGGCCGGCCAGCGAAAUUUUGAAUGAUACACUACACAAAAGUGAAGAGAUAAGAGAAGAGUUUUCGCGACCGAAAGUCGACUGGCUAUUCUCACCAACCUACAACCAUGAGGAUAGCGAACAUAACUGUUCGGCAUGUGAUCAGACACAGAUAAUGAGCCGUUCUGAGCGGGAAACUGAUGACCCUUAUAUUCAUUAUGGCUUGAUCGCUUCCGGAGAUCAGGUCAUGAAAGAUGCCAAGACUCGCGAUUCCAUUACUCGGGAUCUAGACAUACUCUGUUUUGAAAUGGAGGCUGCUGGACUCAUGGACGAACUCCCAUCACUAGUCAUUCGCGGCAUCUGUGACUACUGUGAUUCGCAUAAAAAUAAAAGGUGGCAACGAUAUGCUGCGCUUGCGGCUGCUGCGUACGCGAAGGCUCUUCUGUCGGUAGUUCCCACUUUUUACCGUACAGAAUCACGUGAUCUAAAGCAAUCAGUCUGGAUGGUCCCCUUACGCAGGAACCCACGGUUCGCAGGUCGGGAAGACGAAAUCACCAAAAUAGAAGGGUUGUUCAUGCAACAGAACGGACCUAGCAAGGUUGCUAUCUGCGGACUAGGCGGCGUUGGAAAGACGCAGAUCGCACUUGAACUGGCCUACCGCAUGCGAAAUCGAGACCCUAAUUGCUCGAUUUGCUGGAUUACAUGUACCAACUAUGAGAGCGUGGAACAAGCCUAUAUGAACAUCGCCUCGAAGCUGGAAAUAAUUGAUAUAAAACCGGCAGAGGUGAAAGAAAAGGUCAAAGCUUAUCUUAGCCAGGAGAGUGCCGGGAAGUGGGUUGUUAUCUUUGAUAAUGCAGAUGAUAUGGGAAUGUGGAGCACAAACGAUACUACUGAUACAGUAUUAACAGACUUUCUUCCUGAAAGUGAGCAGGGCCAUAUUCUUUUCACCACGCGCAGCCGUAAGGUGGCUGUGAAACUAGCAUCUUCCCAUGUUAUCACAGUCACUGAGCCGAACACAGAGUCUUCCGUCGAAAUUCUAAAGAACUCACUAGUCGAGAAGACACUGCUUAAUGAUCGUGUUACAGCUCUGAAACUUCUUGAGCAGCUGGCUUUUCUCCCUCUGGCGAUCAUCCAGGCAGCAGCGUAUAUCAAUGAAAACAGCAUUGGCCUCUCUGAAUAUCUUCAGCUUUUACAGGAUCAGGAGCCGCAUGUGGUUGAACUGCUGAGUGAAGACUUUGGAGAUGAAAUGCGCUACAAGGACAUCCAGAAUCCUGUUGCUCUGACUUGGUUUAUCUCUUUCCAGCAAAUUCAACAGUUAAAUAAGCUGGCAGCGGACUAUCUGUCAUUCUUCGCCUGUAUCAAACCUCGUGACAUUCCACAGUCCUUACUUCCCCAGCCGACCUCGAAUAAGAACAAAACUGAUGCGCUUGGUCUUCUCAAGGCCUUCUCCUUCAUUAGUGAGGGGAGCGGGGUCAGUUCUCUAAAUCUACACCGAUUAGUCCAUCUUGCGACUCGGAACUGGCUGAGGAGGAACCAACAGUUCAGCCUGCAAAUAUUGAAAACUGCUGACCGACUGAGCGAAGUCUUCCCAGAUUAUGAUCAUACGAAUCGGCAGGUGUGGCGGGAAUAUCUGCCGCAUGCUCUUUCACUAAUAGCAGAAGCUGGAUUUCGGAAGGAGCAAGAGAAAUACAUUGAUUGGAUCCGAAAGGUUUGUAGUUGUCUCUCUAGUGACGGACGAUGGAAGGAAGCGGAAGAGCUGGGAGUGCAGGUAGUAAAGCUACGCAAGCAAGUACUAGGACCUGAGCACCCUGACACUCUUACUAGCAUAAGCAAUCUGGCCUCGACCUACUGGAAUCAGGGACGAUGGAAGAAAGCAGAAGAGCUGAUAGUACAAGUAUUAGAGCUGCGCAAGCAGGUACUAGGACUUGAACAUCCUGAUACUCUUACCAGCAUGGGCAAUCUGGCCUCAACCUACAUGAAUCAGGAACAAUGGAAGAAAGCAGAAGAGCUGGAAGUACAAGUACUAGAACUGCGUAAGCAAGUGCUAGGACCCGAGCAUCCUGACACUCUUACCAGCAUGGCCAAUCUAGCAGUGACCUACUCGAAUCAGGAACAAUGGAAGAAAGCAGAAGAGCUGAUAGUACAAGUAUUAGAGCUGCGCAAGCAGAUACUAGGACUUGAACACCCUGAUACUCUUACCAGCAUGAAUAAUCUAGCCUCGACCUAUUGGAAUCAGGAACAAUGGAAGAAAGCGGAAGAGCUGAUAAUACAAGUAUUAGAGCUGCGCAAACAGGUACUAGGACCCGAGCAUCCUGACACUCUUACCAGCAUGGCCAAUCUAGCAUCGACCUACGCCAAGCAGAAACAAUGGGAGAAAGCAGAAGAGCUGAUAGUACAAGUAUUAGAGCUGCGCAAGCAGGUACUAGGACUUGAACACCCUGAUACUCUUACCAGCAUGAACAAUCUGGCCUCGACUUACUCAAAUCAGAAACAAUGGAAGAAAGCGGAAGAGCUGAUAAUACAAGUACUAGAGCUGCGCAAGCAGGUACUAGGACCCGAGCAUCCUGACACUCUUGCCAGCAUGGCCAAUCUAGCAUCGACCUACACGAAUCAGGGACGAUGGAAGGAAGCGGUAGAGCUGGAUGUGCAAGUAUUAGAGCUGCACAAGCAAGUGCUAGGACCCGAGCAUCCUGAUACUCUUACCAUCAUGGCCAAUCUAGCAAUGACCUACUGGAAUCAGAGACAAUGGGAGAAAGCGGAAGAGCUGGGAAUACAAGUAUCAAAACUGCGCAAGCAAGUGCUAGGACCCGAGCACUCUAAGACUCUUACCAGCAUGAGCAAUCUAGCAUGGGCCUACACGGAGCAGGAACGAUGGAAGGAAGCGGAAGAGCUGAGAGUGCAAAUCUUAGAGCUGCACAAGCAAGUGCUAGGACCCGAGCAUCCUGUCACUCUUACCAGCAUGGCCAAUCUAGCAUCGAUCUACUCAAAUCACGGACAAUGGAAGGAAGCAGAAGAGCUGGAAAUGCAAAUGAUAGAGCUACGCAAGCAAGUACUAGGGCCCAAGCACCGUGACACUUUUACCAGCAUGGCCAAUCUGGCAUCUAUCUACUGGAAUCAGGGACGAUGGAAGAAAGCGGAAGAGCUGGGAGUGCAAGUACUAAAACUGCGCAAGCAAAUGCUAGGACUCGCGCACCCUGAUACUAUUACCAGCAUGAGUAAUCUGGCCUCGACCUACUCAAAUCAGGGACGAUGGAAGGAAGCGGAAGAGCUGGAAAUGCAAGCAUUAAAGAUGCGCAAGCAAGUGCUAGGAUCUAACCACUCUAAUAUUCUCACCAGCAUGGGCAAUCUGGCCUCGAUCUAUUCAAAUCAGGGACAAUGGAAGAAAGCGGAGGAGCUGGAAAUGCAAGCAUUAAAGCUGCGCAAGAAGAUGCUAGGACCUGAGCAUCCUGACACUCUUACCAGCAUGAGCAAUCUGGCCUCAACCUACUCGAAUCAGGGACGAUGGAAGGAAGCGGAAGAGCUGGAAGAGCAAGUAUUAGAGCUGCGCCAGCAAGUGCUAGGGCCCGAGCAUCCUGAUACUCUUACCAGCAUGGCCAAUCUAGCCUUUACAUGGAAAGGCCAGGGAAGAGUUAAAAAUGCCUUUGCUCUGAUAAAACAGUGUGCAGAGCUGCGCCGCAACUUGCUGGGUCCAGAUCACCCAGAUACCAUAUCCUCUUGUGAUACUCUCAGUGACUGGGAAACUGUGAUGGCGAGUACGUGA